AGAAUAAGAAGAUUUCAUCAUCAUUGUCAUCUGUGAGAAAUUUCAGAGUUUUUUUUUUGUUUCUGUAAUUUUGUUAUCUUUCUGAAUUCUCUACCUGCUUCAAGAUUUCAUUUUUUUCAUCAAAUUUUUGGGGUUUAGUCUGAAAGUUGAAUUCUUCGGGGGUUUCUGAAAUUUGCGAGGUGGGUUUUGUUGAAUAGGCUUCUGGGUUUUGGUUAUAUUUCUGGAUAAUCGAUUUGCUUGAUCUGACCUGAGAAAAAGUAAAAACCUUUGAGUAGAGCUGGUUCUAUAACAGAGUUGUUUUUGGAAGCUUGAUUUGGUGCUUAAUUAAGUUGUAGAAGCAAGCUUUGGAUAGUUGGUGUGGUGGGUUAUUGGAUUUCUUCACUUUCUUCAUUUGUUGAGUCUGCUACAAGAUCAAGGAUCUGCUGAUUUUGGGUAUUUUAUCAAAAUCUGAAAUUGAUCUUUCGGAAGGAAGGUUGCUGUAGUUGUCAAGGUCUUUGGUGAAGUUUGUUUCUCACAAAGUUUAAUCCUUUAAGUUGGUCUCUGUUGAUCUUGGAUCUAGUGGGAAUAAAGGAAGUCCUUGGAAAGCAACAGACUUGAAAACGCUAUCACAAGAGGAAUAGUUACUGAAGAGACUCUUUCUGGAUUGCUGAUAGAUUUAUAUGAUUCAGAGAAGAACUCAGCGAUGAGUAUGGAUUUUUCACCUUUGUUAACGGUUCUUGAGGGAGAUUUCAACAAGGACAAUGCUUCUUCUGCAACAGAAAUUGAUACUUUAGAUAACUUAGAUGACACUAAGCAGAUAAGUAAAGGAAAACCUCCGAGGCACCUCACAAGCAGUGCUACUAGGCUGCAGGUUGCAGCCAAUACGGAUGUGGAUGUUUGUAAUUUGGUUAUGAAGUCACUUGAUGAAAAAUCGGAGUUUCUGCCUGUGUACCGAUCAGGAAGUUGUGCUGAGCAAGGGGCAAAACAGUUCAUGGAAGAUGAACACAUUUGCAUCGAUGAUCUUGUUCAUCAUCUUGGUGCAGCUGUUCAAUGCUCUUCUCUUGGAGCCUUCUAUGGGGUAUUUGAUGGCCACGGUGGCACAGAUGCAGCACACUUUGUUAGAAAGAACAUACUGAGAUUCAUUGUAGAGGACUCCUCCUUCCCACUAUGCGUAAAGAAGGCAAUUAAGAGUGCUUUCUUAAAAGCUGAUUAUGAAUUUGCAGAUGAUUCUUCUCUUGACAUCUCUUCUGGGACCACUGCGCUGACAGCUUUUAUAUUUGGAAGGAGGUUGAUAAUUGCAAAUGCUGGUGAUUGCCGAGCAGUACUGGGGAGAAAAGGUAGAGCAAUUGAGUUGUCCAAAGAUCACAAACCAAACUGCACCGCCGAGAAAGUAAGAAUAGAAAAGUUAGGUGGAGUUGUGUAUGAUGGCUACCUCAACGGGCAACUAUCAGUUGCACGUGCCAUUGGAGACUGGCACAUGAAAGGUCCCAAAGGAUCUGCUUGUCCUCUAAGCCCAGAGCCAGAGUUGCAAGAGACAGACCUGAGUGAAGACGAUGAGUUCUUGAUAAUGGGAUGUGACGGUCUGUGGGAUGUGAUGAGCAGUCAGUGCGCUGUGACAAUCGCUAGGAAGGAACUGAUGAUUCAUAAUGAUCCAGAGAGAUGCUCUAGAGAGCUUGUGAGGGAGGCCCUUAAACGGAAUACAUGUGACAAUUUAACAGUGAUUGUUGUGUGCUUCUCUCCGGAUCCUCCACAGAGGAUAGAGAUCCGAAUGCCGUCACGGGUGAGGCGGAGCAUAUCUGCGGAAGGGUUAAACCUACUCAAAGGCGUGCUUGAUGGCUACCCAUGAGUAUGUUGUGUUGUACGUUACUUUGUGAGACUAUUGCCAAGUUAGAGAAUGUUACAGGUUUAUUGACAUGUUGUGAUCUGAGUAUGUUGUUACCAGUAUUAGUAGUAUUCAACAUCCAUUGAGAUUUUAGAUGGAUGCAUAUCCCAUUGUAAAUAAUUUUUAACUUGUUCCACCACAUUCCUUUCUUUAAAAAUAUAUCAGAAUUUCUUCUUCGCUUA